AUGCUUCUACACUUGGUUAUCAGUCUUUCGAUUACGGGCAGCGCUUUUGCGGCGCCUUUCUUGGGGCAGCUCCUUGAACGACAGGAGCAGGUCAAUGGCACUUACGACUAUAUCAUUGCCGGCGGUGGAACAGCCGGCCUGGCCGUCGCAAACCGUCUCACUGAAGACCCCAAAAUCAGCGUACUCGUGCUCGAGGCCGGUAUUCCAGACCAGAAGGAGUGUGCAGCCAUCCUGCAGCGAUGCCUGGGCGACACAAUGCGCUCAAAGUACGACUGGAACGUGACGACCGAGCCGCAGACGUUUCUUUCCGGACGUCCCCAGAACUUGACCAUUGGCCGCGCAUUGGGCGGGAGCUCCAUGCUCAACGGGAUGAUGUUUGAUAGGGGCUCGCCGAGCGAUUAUGAUAUGUGGGAGCAGCUGGGCAAUCCGGGAUGGGGGUGGAAGGGCAUGCUGCCGUAUUUCAAGAAGAGCGAGACGUUCACGCCCCCGAAUGCGGACCAUGUGCAGGAGUUUGGCAUCACGUAUGAUCCGGAGGUGCAUGGUGAUAGCGGGUACAUCCAGUCCGGAUAUCCGAACUUCAUAUUCCCACAAACGAAGAACUUCCAGGACGCCCUCAUGAGUCUUGGGAUUGUCCAGUCCAAAGACCAGGCCGGCAGCGCCAUCGGUGCCUUCUGGUCACCAAACACUAUUGACCCGAAGAACAUGACGCGGUCGUACUCGCGCAGCGCAUACUACGACAACUUCACAAACAGGACAAAUCUCCACGUCAUCACCUCACGGCAUGUGACAAAGCUGCUCCUUGACAAGGAUCGGGUUACUGGUGUUGAGUACAUCGAGGUUGGCAAGAAUACCACAUACACGGUUGCAGCGAGGAGAGAGUACAUUGUUUCAGCUGGCACAAUCCACACGCCGCAGCUCCUGCAGCUUUCUGGAAUCGGACAGAAGAGCCUGCUAGAGCGCCUCGGGAUCCCAGUGGUAGUUGAUCUGCCUGGAGUUGGUCAGAACUUCCAAGAUCAUCCAUUUGCCACUUUGUCACUCAAGCUUGACAAUGUCGAGCACUCACUGUGGGAUCUUGACCGCAAUGCCACUUAUGAUGCUGAGCAAAAGGCACUUUUCUAUGCCGACCGCGAAGGCGCCUGGACCACCGGCGGCCCCAACUCCGUCGCCUUCCUCCCCCUCUCCUCCUACACCAACCAAACCACCCCGCUCCUCACAUCCUACGCCAACGCCGCCGCCGCCGCCCACCUACGCAACGACACGCCCCCCGCCGUCAUCGCCGGCUUCACCGCCCAGCGCUCCAUCCUCCUCUCACACCUCGCAACGCCCAACACCGCCGCAAUGGAGUUCAUCUGGCAGAGCGGCUCCGCCCGCCGCUACCAGAUGCCCUUCGCCGUCUCCGUGCAGCACCCCUUCUCGCGCGGCCACGUCGAAAUAAACAGCACGAACCCUCUCCUCCGCCCCAUCGUCGAUCUCCGCACUGGAUCCAACCCCGUCGACCUGACGCUCCUGGUCGAGGCGUUCCGCUAUGCGCGCAGGGUUGUGGCCACCGAUGCGAUUCAGGAGCUGGUGCCGACGGAGUUGCUGCCGGGUGCGAAUGUGACGAGUGAUGAGAGUAUCUUGGCGUAUGCGAAGAGUAGUGCGUCGACCAUGUUUCAUCCGUCGGGUACGUCGGCGAUGAUGCCGAGGGAGUUGGGGGGUGUGGUGGAUUCGAGUCUGAGGGUGUAUGGCGUGAAGAAUCUCAGGGUGGUGGAUGCGAGUAUUAUUCCGUUGAUUCCGGCGACACAUAUUGUGUCGACGGUUUAUGCGAUUGCGGAGAAGGCGGCGGAUUUGAUUAAGGCUGCGCAGAAAUAA